UUUGGAUUAAAAUAACAUCGAAGAUGAGGAGGUCAUUGGACGGUGUGCCACCAAAUUCUUGUAUGAUAAUCAAACGGUCACAAUCAGGAUUAAGGAAAUUAUGAGCAUCGCCAUCGUCCAUCCACCCCCCCAUAGGAAGAAAGGCAAUUUGGAGAUUGAUGGGCAAAGCAAACGCGGGGUUAACGUCGUCACUACCAACCAAACCAUGCGCCAUUUUGGAGGAGGAGAAGAAAAGACAACGAAUCGCUGACGCUUUCUACUUUCCCACGAAUACAAUCAAAUCCCAAUCUCUCUUUCUUCAAUUCAACAAGAAUAAGGUGUUUAAUAGAUAAACAUUGUGUUUCUUCCUAAUUGCAAACUCCGAGGCUCUUUUUCUUUCCAUCUCUACCUUUCUCUAUCAUCGGAUUCAACUGGGUUUGCUUUGCUUGCCGCUUUCUUUUGCUCAAACGGACUCACUUUGAUUCUGGGUUUCUAAUUAGGUGUGGGUAGCUUUAAAAGAUGAGUAAGCUGGAUGCGACCAGAGCAGAACUUGCUCUUCUAGUUCUGUACUUGAAUAAAGCAGAAGCCAGAGACAAAAUAUGUAGAGCUAUACAGUAUGGUUCCAAAUUCUUGAGUAAUGGUGAGCCUGGCACAGCACAAAAUGUUGACAAAACUACCAGCUUAGCUCGAAAAGUUUUUCGUCUUUUCAAGUUUGUCAAUGAUCUGCAUGGCCUUAUUAGUCCAGUUCCUCAAGGAACUCCCCUUCCUCUUAUUCUUCUGGGAAAGUCCAAAAAUGCUUUGCUAUCGACUUUUCUAUUCCUUGACCAAAUUGUUUGGCUUGGUAGAACAGGCAUCUACAAGAAUAAGGAACGUACUGAACGUAUUGGAAGGAUUUCUCUGUUUUGUUGGUUGGGUGCUUCAUUCUGCACGGUGUUAGUUGAGAUUGGAGAGAUCGCUAGGCUAUCUGCUGCAAUUAAGAAACAAGAGAAAGACCUUAAGGAUAAGAAUAUCAAUCAACACCAAGUGUGUUAUCAUCAAGACGAGAAAUACCGUGCAAAUCUUAAAAAAACAAAUGAAAGGUCCCUGGCCCUGGUGAAAGCAUCCAUGGAUUUAUUGGUUGCUGUUGGGCUACUUCAGUUGGCACCGAAGAAAGUUACACCCCGUGUCACAGGUGCUCUCGGAUUUGUUAGUUCACUGAUCUCUUGCUAUCAGUUGCUUCCUCCGGCAUCGAAAGCAAAGGCAUCAUGAAGAGGGAAAGUGAAAUCCCAGGGGAGUAGAGGAAUAAAUAAGGAGUUGAAUUUGUGUGUUUUUAAAAGUAGUUUGGAGGGCGAUUAGAAGGGGUAGGGUGACCCUGAAAUGUUUGUUGGAUGAAAUAAGUAUUAGAUGCUUUCAAAUUUCAUUCAUGUUAUGUAAGCAUGUUUUCAUUGACAAUAUGCCCGCUCUCUCUGCAGACUAUUUCAUUUAUUUUUCCCAUCA